AUGUCCCUUUUGUGGAAGAGACUCACUGGCCUCUCAGAAGGAGAGUCCAGUGUGGACCACAGCGAAAGCGACCAUGUUGAAGAGCGCAGGCUCACCAAGUCAACCAUAGACGAGUCGUCGCCUCCUAUAUCGCCAGAAAUGGACCUUGGGAAAAACCAAAGUCCAGAUACGUCGCCUGAAAUUGUUCAGCACGAGAAAAUGGACCACUCGGAAAGUGGCAAGCGCCUGGCAAGGUACGCCACAGACCCAGUGAUUGUUAACUGGUCGGCACUUCUUCAGAAACGAGCUGCCAAUGUCUUCGAGCCCACAGUCGAGUUCACGGGGUUGGAAGGUAGUAGCAAAACGCGCGAGGCGCAACAGAAAGUGGUUCUUGGGCCUGCGUUUGGUUCUGAGCCAUCUUUGGAUACCCAACAAUUUCAUGACGCUGAGCCAUCUCCUAAUGAGCCACAUGUUGAUGGUAAGGCUUCGUAUGGUAACGCGUCCUCUUCAAGCACUGGACAUUCUGCUGAAGAGGAAGACCCAGUCGAAGCCGAGGCUCGCAUGGUCAGAGAGCUAGAGUUGCAGAGGCAAGAUAAAGAACUCAACAGAAGACUUAGUAUCCAGCGGCAUCAGGAAAGGAAGAUUAAGCAAAAGAAGGUACGGAACGAUACCAAUGCCGAGAUGGAGGAAGCCUUGAAAGAGAUAAGGCACGCGGAGCGACGUCACCGGAAGCUUGAGAGGCGGAAGAAGAAAGAGGAAGCAAAGCAACGCCAAGAACAAGAACAGUGGUAUAUCGAAGAGCAGGAGUUUCUUAAGGCACAGAGAGAGAAGGAGGCCGCUCGGGAAGCAGAGAAAGCUGCAGCAAGAGAAGAAAAGAGAUUGCGGAAGGAAGCGAAACGUGCCGAGAGAGAACGGAAGAAAGAACGAGAAAGAGAAAGAGAGAAGGAGAGGGAGCGUGAGCGUGCCGAGCAAGAGAAGAAGAGGCGUGAGGAAGAGAAAGCCAGGGAAAGAGAGCGUAGAGAGCGUGAAAGGCAGAGGCAAAGAGAGGAAGCAGAGAGGGAGAGAAUACGGCAGGAGGAAGAGGCAGAAAGGGAACGGCUUCGGCUCCAAGAAGAAGAAGAACGUGAAAGGGCACGUCAGGAGGAAGAGGCCCGUCGUGAAAGAAGACGUGAGAGGAGAGAACGGCGGCGCGAGAGGCGCCACAGAGAACGGGCCAACGAAGGAACCGAAAAUGGCGAGUCGGGCGCCGGGGCUAAUGAGGAGACCACUCGUAGUCGCCGUCGCCGUGAUCCCGAGACGAGAGCCAGAGAUCGUGAAGAAAGAGCUCGGGAACGCGAACGGAGGGCAACAGAAAGAGCAAUACGUCAGGUCCAGGCUGCAGAGAGAGCUGCUGAAAGACAGGCUGAACGGCGCAGGCGCCGUGCACUUGAGGCACAAGCAGCAGCAGAGAUGGGACCCCCUCCUCGCGAUGAGUACAGUACAGUCGAUGAAGACAUUCCUCCUUAUCGCGAGAAAUUGCACAAAUAUCUUGAUUUGGUGGCGUACGACGAGCGCUUUGCACCGGUGCUUCGCGUGAAUCGGUACUUGGUGAGUGGCCAGGAGGACUUGAUCGAGGCGAUCAACCAGUUCUCGCUGAGCAAUCUCUUGCCGAAGAAGAUGGAUCUUUGGAAUAUAUCACAUGUUGACGAUUCUGAGUAUGAGAAUAUGAUCCCUGUGCUCAUUCCCCAGAAUGCCUAUUAUGAAAACGAACUCACGGGGUUCUUGACUCCAGAUACAAGAAGCCUUGUUAGCUGA